AUGUCCAGUAUCCCAGGCACAAUGAAAGGAUAUGCUAUGAUCAAGAUCGGCGAAACUGGGUGGGUAGAAAAGCCCCGCCCAACAUGUGGGCCCAUGGACGCGAUCUUGCGUCCCCUGGCCGUAGCACCUUGCACCUCAGAUACGCAUACGGUUUGGAAAGGAUCUAUCGGCGAAAGGCACAACAUGGUGCUUGGUCACGAGGGCUGUGGCGUUGUAGAGGAAGUUGGUUCUCAAGUCAAAGACUUCAAAGUUGGUGAUCGUGUGAUGGUUGCGGCCGUCACGCCUGACUGGUGCUCUGUGGAAGCCCAAGGCGGCUACUCGAUGCACUCCGGUGGCAUGCUUUCAGGAUGCAUGUAUUCGAACCUGAAAGACGGACUUCUUGCGGAAUAUGUUCAUGUAAACCAAGCGGAUGCCAAUCUGGCGCACCUUCCGAAGAACAUUUCAACAGCUGAAGCCUGCAUGCUGUCAGAUAUGGUACCUACAGGCUUUCAUGGUGUCGAACUAGCGGAUGUGCAAUUUGGUGACAAGGUUUUAGUUGUCGGUAUUGGACCGGUAGGACUCAUGUCUGUUGCAGGAUGCAAGCUCCGGGGCGCAUCACAGAUUAUUGCUGUCGGAUCACGCCCAGUGUGCCGGGAAACGGCCAAAUACUAUGGAGCGACUGACAUCAUCUCUUACAAAGAAGGUCCCAUUGACAAACAUGUCUUGGAGCUGACAAACGGGGAGGGUGUCGAUAAAGCGAUUGUUGCAGGUGGUGGUGUUGAGACAUUUGAGCCAGUGAUCAAAUGCCUAAAACCAGGCGGGAAGGUUGGUAACGUGAACUACCUUGCAUCGGGUGACUACGUGAACAUUCCAAGGGUUGAGUGGGGAGUCGGUAUGGGACACAAGCAGAUCGUUGGCGGUUUGAUGCCGGGAGGCAGGCGCCGUCUCGAAAAGCUUGCAAGCUUGAUCACGUAUGGAAGACUGGAUGUGAAACCCUUGAUAACGCACCGGUUCGACGGCUUUGAGCACAUGGAAGAUGCACUGUUGCUUAUGAAAGACAAGCCAGAAGAUCUCAUUAAGCCAGUUGUAAUAUUAUCGGAAUAG